AUGGAAGUUUGGAUGAGGCAAUUGAGGUGGAAGACGCGGGAUUCGAAAUGGAAUGGGGGAUUGAGGCGGAAGGAAAACCAGAGGAAAAAGUUGGAGGAUUACUUUGCUGAGGAAGGGCCGAGUGCCAGUCAUAAUAUGGGAAUCAAAUUGAAACACCCCUGUCGAGAUUUCAGUGAGGUUUCAACCGCCCCUGCUUCGACAUCAUGCAGGAGGUUGUCUGCACGCAGGGAUGCUGGUGAGGUUGGCCAUGUGAACUCGGAUGGUGGGAUUAGGAUCUGA